CGCCAGUCUCGCACAAGGUCCUUCUCUUCUGGUCUUUGAAAUUCCCCGCCAGCGAACGCUUUCUAGGGUCUCUCUACUUCUACCAGUUCGGGCUUCAAAGCACAGUAUUCUCUCCUUCAUCUGUAUACGCAAUCGGAUUUGAAGAGUUUAUAGUCUUGGAAUCAUGGGAGAUUUGUUAAGUGAUGAUUAUAGCGAUACACUUCGUAUACUUGUUGCAACGGAUUGCCACCUAGGCUACAUGGAGAAGGAUGAAAUUCGCCGCGAAGAUUCUUUCCAGGCAUUUGAGGAGAUAUGCUCAAUAGCAGAAAAAUCGCAAGUGGACUUCAUACUCCUGGGUGGUGAUCUUUUUCAUGAGAAUAAGCCCUCAAGGUCAACAUUGGUUAAGGCCAUUGAAAUUCUCAGGCGCCACUGUCUCAAUGAUCAUCCAGUGCGGUUCCAAGUUGUUAGCGACCAGACUGUGAAUUUUGCUAAUUCAUUUGGUCAUGUUAAUUAUGAAGAUCCUCAUUUCAAUGUUGGCUUGCCAGUAUUCAGUAUUCAUGGAAAUCAUGAUGAUCCUGCUGGAGUGGAUAAUCUUUCAGCUGUUGAUAUUCUCUCAGCAUGUAAUCUAGUGAACUAUUUUGGGAAAAUGAUCCUUGGAGGUUCUGGUGUUGGUCAGAUCACACUCCAUCCUAUUCUUUUAAGGAAGGGUUCAACAUCUGUUGCUCUCUACGGUCUUGGGAACAUUAGGGAUGAACGGCUCAAUAGAAUGUUUCAGACGCCUCAUGCUGUACAAUGGAUGCGGCCUGGAGCUCAAGAAGAGUGCCCAGUGUCAGACUGGUUCAACAUUCUGGUGCUGCACCAGAACAGGGUGAAGACAAACCCAAAAAACUCAAUAAAUGAACACUUUUUGCCACGAUUCCUAGACUUCAUUGUGUGGGGACAUGAACAUGAAUGUUUAGUUGAUCCUCAGGAAGUUUCGGGGAUGGGAUUUCACAUUACUCAACCAGGUUCUUCAGUUGCAACAUCACUGAUUGAUGGAGAAUCAAAACCUAAGCAUGUUCUUCUUCUAGAGAUUAAGGGAAAUCAGUAUCGCCCAACCAAGAUACCUUUGACAUCAGUGAGGCCAUUUGAAUAUACAGAGAUAGUAUUAAAGGAUGAACCUGACAUCGAUCCCAACAAUCAAAACUCAAUCCUAGAACAUUUGGACAAAGUGGUCCAUAAUUUGAUAGAGAAAUCUAGGAAAAAGACUGUUAAGAAGUCAGAUAUCAAGCUUCCAUUAAUCCGUGUAAAGGUUGAUUACUCUGGGUACAUGACUAUAAAUCCUCAAAGGUUUGGGCAGAAAUAUGUGGGCAAGGUUGCCAAUCCCCAAGACAUUCUUAUAUUCUCAAAGGCUUCUAGAAAAGGUCGUAGCGAAGCUAAAAUUGAUGAUUCGGAAAGGCUUCGCCCGGAAGAACUAAAUCAGCAAAACAUUGAGGCCUUAGUCGCUGAAAGUAAUCUGAAAAUGGAGGUCCUUCCAGUCAAUGAUUUGGACGUGGCAUUGCACAACUUUGUAAACAAAGAUGACAAAUUGGCUUUCUUUUCUUGUGUGCAAUACAAUCUUCAAGAAACACGUAGCAAAAUAGCUAAGGAUGCUGAUAAUCUGAAGUAUGAAGAGGAAGAUUUAAUUCUUAAAGUUGGAGAGUGUUUGGAGGAACGUGUCAAAGAGAGACCUUUACACUCCAAGGAUAACCCACAAUUCACGUCCAGUUCCCUGUCCUUGGAGGGUACCAGAAGUGAGAGUGCUGCAGGAAUUGGAAGUGCAGUUUCCUUUAGCGAUGAUGAAGACACAACCCAAAUAACUGGUGUAAAGUCUGCCACUCGAGGGCGGAAAGGGUCAUCAGUGGGUUCUAGCUCACAUCAGGAUGCCUUGGGACAUCCAAGUGGAAGGGGUCGGGGUCGGGGCAGGGGCAGGGGCAGGGGCUCUAGUACCUUGAAGCAGACAACUAUUGAUGCAGCUAUGGGAUUCCGCCAGUCUCAAAGAUCUGCAUCUGCUGCUGCAUCUGCUGCUGCAUCAGUUGCAUUUCGAAGCAUUACUGAUGAUCAGGAGAAUGUGGACUCUGCUUCAAGUGAAGAAGGCGAGAAAUAUACAACUAAUGAGGUUCAUGAUAGUUCGGAAGAUGAUGGAAGCCUCCAAGGAAAAGGACGCAAGCGAGCUGCUCCAAGGGGAAGAGUCAGAGCUUCUACAUCAUCCUCCAAGCGUGGAAGGAAAUCAGAUAAUUCUUCAUUUCAUAGAAUGCUCAUAAACAAAGAUGAUGAUGACGACGAGGAUGAUGAUGUGGGAAAGAAAUUAAAUAAGUCUCAACCUCGGGUAACAAGGAAUUAUGGUGCUUUAAGAAGAUAAAUAUGGGGAGGCUCGUGGACCUUCACACAUCCAGGUCAAACAUCGGUCCUUUGAUCACAACACUAUGGCGCAUCCUUGUAUGAGGGAUUUCAUGAAGACCUAUUUUGUUGAGAAGGAAGAAAAAUGAAAAGAAAAAAAAAAUCAUAAUCUUGAAUAUGGCCUCUCCAUUUGCCCGUGGUUGUUGCGUUAGAUGAAGGUAAACAUGUACGACCAACAUCCUAGCAUCACUUGGUUCCUGGGAAUAGAUGCUCACUGUUGCACAUGAAUGUUCACUAUGUAAAAAUUAGUUUUGCAUAGUACAGGAAGGAUUUGGUUAAUUUUUAUAAAGCAGGUUACAUGGUUCAUCUGCUGGGACUUCGGUGUAGCUACAAUUUGUGUUCCCUCUUUGUAUUUAGUCGUGGGUACAAAGAAAAGAAAUGAACAGGCCAGAGUGGUUAAAUUGCUUGAGAAGACUUGUAUUCUACUUUACAUUAUGCUGGAUUUGUCAAAUAGUCUCCCUGAAGGUUUUUUUAGUACCUCUCUACUUCAAAAAAAAAAAAAA